AUGGUGGUAAUUGCUCUCUUGUUGGCAAAGGCCAUUGUCUCGGUGGAGUAUUUUCGUCUAGAUGGUUGUUUGGAAGAUAAAAGUGUCGUCAACGAGAGCGUGGGUGGUUGCUGCUGCUUGUGCAGAUUGCUGGGUGGAGGCGGAGGCGGAGGCGGAGGAGACGAGGUCGAGACGGCGCACCUACGAUCCCUACCUAGCGCCUCCAAUCGCCUUCGCCUCUUCCAGAUCGACCUCCUUGAUCCGGACUCCAUCCUCGCAGCCAUCCACGACGUCUCCGGGGUGUUCCACCUCGCCUCGCCUUGCAUCAUCACUCGCGUCCAGGAUCCCCAGAGGGAACUACUAGAUCCAACGGUGACGGGGACUCUCAACGUUCUCCGCGCGGCCAAGGAGAGCGGAGUGCGUCGGGUGGUCGUCACAUCGUUGAUCUCUACCAUCGUCCCCCGUCCUGGAUGGCCAGCGGAUCGGGUCAAGGACGAGAGCUGCUGGACUGACCUUGAUUACUGUCAGCAGAAAGAGCAUUUGCCAAGGCAAAAUUUUCCUCCUGUUGAUGAGAUUCUUGUCCAGCAACAGAAGCUUUUUGAGCUCUAA